GUAGUUGUGUGUUGAAACGGAAAUACUGUGUUUUUUGUGGAAAUAGUGUAAAAUAAAGGAAAAUUACAAUAUAAUUACUUAUAUGAUUUAUUCUAUCAAGUAACUGCACCUACCAGCUGGAAAAGUGUUAUCUUUACAAUCAAUCACUUCUGCACACUUCACUAAACUGUUACUAUGAAUCCACUUGAAUCUUCACUGACUGAGAUGUCAGAGCUGUUUAAUGCACGUAUGGCGAAGUUUGAAGCUCAGCUCAACAAGUCUUCAGAACCCUCAAUCACAUCAUCAAGCUUGGCAACAGAAUUUUCAUCAUUUCGGACAUUUAUUACUGAGGCACUCAAUAACUUACAACAGCAAGUGGAGACGCUUGCUCGUAUGCAGGACAAUACAGAGACUCGCAGCCGUAGAAAAAUGCUGAUUAUUCAUGGAGUCACUGAGACUAAGGGUGAGCAAAUUGAACAGGCACUAUCUGAUUUCAUAAGCAGUCGUCUUGCUGUAGCUGAGUUUUCCCCAACUGAUAUUAAACGAUGUCACCGUAUGAAACGAUUGUCAGCAUCUGAUGGCCCUCGGCCCAUCCUAGUAAAAUUCCAAACAUAUGAAAUGCGCAGUCAGGUUUGGUUUUCUAAAACAAAACUGAAGGGCACCGGCUUUACUGUUUCGGAGUUUCUGACGAAGGCGCGCCACGGCAUUUUCAUGGCUGCACGCAGUAGAUUCGGCAUGAAGAAGGUCUGGACCAAGGAUGGCUGCGUCUACAUUUNGAGAUAA